AUGGGAUUAUUGCAAAAAUCCCCAGCCCCAGUCGGUCUAUCUUUGAAACGUUCUCACCACGCGAGACGAAACAAGAGAUGGACACAGAGCGACCAUUUACAGUUGCUUUUUCGUUUGGCGUUGUUUGGAUCGUUUUACCUUAUCUUGGGGAUUUUGUGGUGCUUCCAGUGUGGAAUAACCUGAACAUCGGAGUGUGCUUUUUGGCCAUUGUCUUGUGUGUUUCGGUGUACUUCACUGAAUAUCUGGCAAUAUUUCCUAUCAGUUACAGCAAGUUUUCCCCUGAAGGAGAAAUCAACGCUCGACUUGGUUGGUCAAUAUGCUAUAGCAUUCCAGCUGCAGUGUACUUGGUCUUGUGGUCUUUAUCUGGGUUGCCACAGUCCAUAUUCCAUCUUGUAACUCUGGUAACUUACUUAGGCCAUUUUGCAAAAAGAGUCCUAGAAGCUUUAUUUCUCCACAAGUAUUCAAAGAAAAUGUGUUUUGCACCUGCAGUAGAGGUUGCCAUGUUCUAUGGGCUUGGUUCUGUUGUACAGCAUUACUGGUGUAACAUUUAUACUCAAGGGUCUCUUGCCGAUGAGUUGUCUUCAAAUCAUAUUGCAAUAAUUGCUGGCAUUGUUUUGUGGCUCUUGGGAGAAUCCAUCAAUUUCUAUCAUCAUGCUACUUUGGCCAAUCUCCGGCCAAGUGGCACAUCAUCAGGUUAUGUCAUUCCAAGUGGGGGAUUUUUCCAAUUCAUAGUGUGUCCACACUAUUUGGGUGAGUUGAUUGCUUGGUAUGGCAUAGCAGUGGCUGGACAGCACCUGUGCAUGUAUCUUGCAUGGCUAGUUAUGGUCAGUUACUUGUCUGGGAGAAGCCAUCAGACACAGCUGUGGUACCAAAAGAAGAUUGAGAACUUUCCUAAAGACAGGAGGAACCUAUUUCCUGGGAUUUACUGAUCAAACAAUGGACUUAUUUGUUAUAAAGGCAUUUUUAGAAAAGCUCUAGAUCUCAGAUCCAGAUCUAUGAUGAAUGAGACUCAAGAGACAAGAACACUUCAUAGAAAAGAAAUAUCAGUUAAAAUGUUCCUCUUCAACUUUAUUCCCAAUGAUUCUCUCUUGGAAGAGAGAACUUUGCAUCUGAUGAAAAUACAUUUUGUUUGAAUUAAACAUAUGAAACCA